UAAUGGAUCAUGUUGCUUAUAUUUUAUGGACUACUGAGAGUCAAGUCACUAUUUUCUUCAUGGAUAUGCUCGGUGAUUUGAUGAAUCAUAUUGCUUAUAUUCCAUGAACUGCUAAGAUUCAAUUCGAGCAUCGUCCAGUUUACUUCAUGGAUAUGCUCGGUGAUUUGAUCAAUCAUGUUGCUUAUAUUCCACGAACCUCUGAGAUUUAAUUCUAACAUCGUCCAGUUUACUUUCAUGGAUAUGCUCGGGUUUGGUCGGAGCUCACGCCCUACGUACAGCCGUGACCCGCUGCAGGCUGAGCAGGAGCUGGUGGAGAGUAUCGAGGCCUGGAGGAAGGUGGUUGGGCUGGAGCGCUUCAUGCUGCUGGGACACUCGCUCGGGGCCUACUUGGCCACCGUGUACGCCUUCAAGUACCCGGACAGGAUUGUUGAACCGUAUAGCGCUCCCGUAGAAUGGUACGACUCCUGCUACGACCGUACUUCUAUCGCCCUUCUGCAGCCGUAUCACCAGCGGAUGGGUCGCAGCUGUGUAGCCGGUCGUCCCGGCUAG